GGGGUGCGCGAGCUCAGAGGCUGCGAAGCGCGCGCGCGGAGGAGGACGCACAGCGAGAGAGGACAUAAUAACAACACGCCGAGGAGGAGGAAGACAUUUAAGACGACCUUGAAGUAAAUGUGCGUCGAUUUGAAGUCGCCGUUGCCUUCCAUCUGGCCGCCAUCUGGCCUCGCGUUUGCGGGAAAUGCGAGCUCAUGCGUGACACGUGAGGGAGAGACAAAAAGGAGAGGCGACGAAGUGCAGCUCGACUUUCUCACCGGACUUUGACGUGUGGACUCUACUAGAGAGGAGACAGGAGAGAGACGAAGAGCCCUGCCAUGCCCGGUUCUCCUGUGGAUGCUAAGACUCAUUCCAGAUCAGCUCCCAGCAGCAUCUCCACCAUGCCUCCCCUGCCCUCCAUCAACCCAAGCGGCCCACGUCUGGCCUCCUUCUCGACCACAGCAUUGACCAACGGGAACCAUCAUUCCCCGCCCACCCUCAACGCGGUGCCGUCACCGCCGCAGCGCUACAGCAACGGGCCCUCGUCGUCGUCAUCGUCGUCGCUGGCCAACCAACAGCUGCCGGCCACCUGCGGCGCGCGGCAGCUGAGCAAGCUCAAGCGCUUCCUGACCACACUGCAGCAGUUCGGCAACGACAUCUCCCCGGAGAUCGGCGACAGCGUUAGGAGCUUAGUACUGGCUCUUGUGAAUUCAACCGUGACCAUUGAGGAGUUUCACUCGCGCCUUCAGGAGGCCACCAACUUCCCCUUGAGGCCGUUUGUAAUUCCUUUUCUGAAGGCCAACCUCCCCCUGCUGCAGAGAGAGCUGCUCCACUGUGCACGUGCAGCCAAGCAGACCCCCGCCCAGUACCUGUCCCAGCAUGAGCACCUCCUGCUCAGCACCACCAUGGCCUCCUCGCCCGACUCCUCCGAGCUGCUGAUGGAGCCCGCCGAAGCCGCGACCAAGAGGCCCAGCCCGAGCAGGGUCAAGGAGAACGGCUUCCACGAACGUCCGCCUGUGGCGCUGGAGCCAGCCGCCAAGCGCAUUUGCACCAUCAGCCCCGCUCCGCGCCACAGCCCGGCCCACCCGCUGCCGCUCAACGUCCAGCUUCACCCGACCCCUCCGCCGCUCCAACACUACGCCCUGGAUGACAUCGCAGCGCCGCACAUCCUGAACCGCGAACACAGCCAGCGCCUGCUGGAGAUCAGAGACCUCAAAGACAGGCCGAGGCUACCCGGCACUAACGGGGGCUACCGCGAGGAGCCAGUGGACCACAGGCUGACAGACAGGGAGUGGGCUGAUGAAUGGAGGCAUCUGGACCAUGUGUUGAAUUCCAUCGUGGACAUGGUGGAAAAGACACGGAGGUCGGUAAGCGUCCUGCGACGUUGCCAGGAGUCGGACCGCGAGGAGCUCAACUACUGGAGGCGGCGCUCCAGCGAGCAAGAGGACGCGCGCAAAGGAGGCCUGACGCCCUUCUCCAAAACACACAGCCCCCACUCUGCAGAGUCGGAGUCCCAGCGCGAGUUGGCCCCGCGACCCGGCUCGGCGUACGUCACAGACGAGAUCUGGAAGAAAGCCGAGGAGGCGGUGAACGAGGUGAAGCGUCAGGCCAUGGACGAGGUGCAGAAGGCGGUGGCGGAGGCCGAGCAGAAGGCCUUCGAGAUGAUCUCCUCGGAGCGCGCCAAGAUGGAGAAGACGCUGGCCGAGGCCAAGAGGAAGGCUCAGGAGGACGCCAUCUUGGUCAUCAACGAGCAGGAGGAUUCCAGCGAGUGUUGUUGGAAUUGCGGCCGCAAAGCCAGCGAGACGUGCAGUGGCUGCAACGCGGCGCGCUACUGCGGCUCCUUCUGCCAGCACAAAGACUGGGAGAGGCAUCACCUCAUCUGCAGCCCGGGACUUCAAGCGCAGCCCAAACCCGUUUCCACCAUCCCCGCCGCCAGGGCGUCCCCCGCGGGCUUGGCCGGGAUCAAAGCCCCCGACAGCGCGCCCUCGGUGUCCAGUCCCGGCGCGGAGAAGGCGGCGUCCCGCUCGUCCACCCCUUCCACUCCGGCCUCGGCGCCCGAGACCAACGGACACUGAGGAGUUUUGCCUCCUCGCCGAACUAUUUGUGGGUCACGUCAGGACAACACGCCCUCGGCGCAGAAAGAGGACCAGCAGCUGACGACCCGUCUCAGAUUACAGAGAUUAAAAAUAUGUACAGCAGCAGCUUUUCCUUUCUUUUGUGUAUAAAUGUAGAUGAUGAUGAUGACAUUGUGUGUAAUAAAAGCAGCCGUGAAGCGGCUUCCUGUUCCGCAGAUUCCGAACCUCGUCGUUUCGCCAAAUUGUGUGCGAUUGUGUCAAACAACGUCUGGAAAUGUUGUGUUUUCGCAAGGCAAUACGAACACAAAGCGUUCAGGUAUCACGUCACCAAAGUUACACCUAUUCCCACAAAAAAAACUAACUUUUCCACAACAUUUUUGUGUUUUGUUUUAUUUACAGCAGGAAGGGGAUUCAAACGGCCCCGUUCGUCGCGGUCUACCUGACACAUGAAACGUGACGAAGCGAGGGCGGAACUACCCACUUUAGCCGCCUGAUGGCGAUAGUGUUAAAUAUCUUAAAAAAGGGUGUUUUCUGGCAAUUCCAGCUUUGACCACAGCGUUGCUUUCCGUUAUUUUCAGCAGAACGCAUUGCAAAAUGCCCCCCCCUCUCCACCUAGGACAGGGGUUAUAUGAAUCCCUUCCCUACUGUAUGAAGAUCAAACUGCACGACCCUUUUUGGAGAAACAAUCAGUUAUGGAAUACAUCACAAAAAAUAAACAAUUCUACUUUAUGUCAACUUUUUUGUUUAAUCAAUAAAGAUUAAUAAAAGAAAACAAAGCACCAUUAUUUUUUUUUGGUAGAGUGCCAGAAAAUGCCUGGGUGGGAUACAUUAAGGUGGUCCCUAACUAUAUGCAUUUCUGCUUUUGGGAUCCUUCAACCAAACUCUCCUGCUAUGGUGGAACAAACAUGUUUUUAUUUCAUUUUGGUUUCAGUUUAAGCACUUGGUCACGUGGUAGCGAAUGGACAUCAUCAUAAAGUGGAGAAACCUCAGGAGAUUUUGUUUUUUCCUUACAGCUUAAAUGAUCUUUUAUUAAAAAAAGCUACACACACA